UAUUUAUUUUCUGAAAGUUGCAAUCAAUUAUUUGCCAGUACGAUUCGCCUUAUUAAGCCGUUCCUUUUUCUAGUUUAGGCUACUGGUUUUCGAAAGAGUCGCCGAACAAGAAAUACCUUGGAGCAGUCCAUCAAAAAUCGAGUGCGUUUCACAAACGGUUAUUUGAUCAUUUCUUUUUAUCUUUUAACUUUGUUGAAAGAAAACAAAACAAAGAGAAUCCGUUUCUUUUUCUGUAAUGGCUUACUUGUCGAGACGAGGUCGUGAGAAUACUUUAAAGGAAUUGGAAAUUUUUCUGAAAGUUUUCUACACGGAAUGAAAAAAGACAGCCUCCCACGAGUAAAACAAAACCAAAAAAGCAGCUCGUGCUGCGCUUCAAAGAAUUUCUUUCAAUAGUUAUUGUGGUUUGCUAAAAAAAAAAGAUGUAAAUCAUAUUCUAAUCUCUUCGGAAUGAAUAGCUUUUGAAGGUCUGAAAACUUGUUUAUAUUUCCUAUCUCGAAAGUUUUUUUUAAAUAUUUUAUGGCGGAAGUUAUCGCAGGUUUAACCUAUUUUCAUCUAUAUCUACAAAAGACUAGACACUGGAAACAAAAGUGGCGAUUCUUUUCCGCUUUCUCUUGAAUUUAGUCUCACACAUUUGACUACUAAUGUUCAUAACAUUUUUCCCUAGUUGGCCAAACAUCGCGCGUCUGAUAAUUGACUGCAAGGAGGAGCCCAUUAAUGGCGAUGCAGGUAGGAGACGUCGUACAAGAAACAAUGGCGAUAAUUACUGGAAGAAAAAAAAAAAAAAAAAAAAAACAGAAGAAGCUUUGCAAGCCUUAAUUUGGAAGCAGGAUGUAGAACCUGUGUCGAAAAGAUGCGGGGUUGUUGAGCUGAUGUACAAAAAGUCGCCAGAAACGUCCAGGUUGUAUUCAUCUUUUUCCAAGGGCGGUAGUAUCAUCAUCAUCCCCUUUUUGAAGGAGACAACUUUUGUCGUUAUUUUUCUUUUGUGCACUGUUUAUUCUUAAGGGAAUAAUGACCUCAACCAUUUCGCCACGUCCUUAACAAAAUAAUUCAGGUUCCACUGCAUGACGUUUCUAUUCGACAGUCUGGUUUUUAAUCAGUUGAUAAAUUCUCAAGGUAUUAUAUCUACUACAUUUUGUUGUUGUCUUCCUUGUAUUGCGGGAAGAUGGAUGGAAAGAAAUGGUAACACUUUUUAUUAUUAUUUAUCUUUUAUUAUCAACUGACAGCUCCACAAAUUUUGUUUCUUUUUGAAAACAGCCAAUCGCCAGACUUUUUGUAUUGCCAGCUCGCCUGGCCUUGUAAGUCGUUGCGCAAACCCCGAAUAACACAGGUAAAAGAGUAUUUGUAAGCUUCUUAUAGACAGCUGGUGGUUUUAGCAGAUUCCGGUUCCUCAUGGUAUAAAAUUUCCUUUCUCAAGGACGCAGUGAAUGACCAUUUUAAAAGCAGCGGGCACCUUGGGCCCCAAGAACCUUUCUUUAUCUUUUAUUUAAAAAAAAAUUUGGUCGUCUUGGCUUAGUUAAGCGAAAGUGAUGGUGUAUUGCAAUGGCCUCGACGACGCUUGUUUUUCAUUAGCAUAUAGCUACGCCCAAAACUGUUAUUUGUCUAACUUUCCAGUGGAUUUCGGGAAAAGGAGAGGCUGCGAUAAUACCCGGCCAUCUUUUAUCCAUCCAUCAUGAAAAAAGAAUUAUUGUUCAGCGAGCGUAGGCGAGAUUUUCGCAUCGAUCAUGGGCGUUGCAGGACCGCAAAAAAGGAUACGAAAACGCAUGCAAAUGACGUGAAAUUUUUUUUCCAAGUAGAAGAACGCUGACACAUGGAGAGCGAAGGUGCGAUAACUGCUCGUUUUUAUGUUCAAAUAACAAGAUUCUUGAUUUGGGAAAUUAUCGUUCAAAGGGCGUCGUUCCGCCUCAUUUUGCGGAGGUAAUGCUGGGAAAGAAAGAUUUCUCUUUCUAUAUUUUUUUCUUUUCGGUGUUUUCGUCAUCAAACCCCCCCCCCCCUGCUGGGAUUGAUGUUUUCAUCCUCAUUUCCUUCCUUCCUACACACUUUUAUUUCGGUGCGCGUUUGUUUUCAUUUCGAGACUCUUCUGGAAGGAAGGUAAAAUAGAAAAGAAGUGGUACAGGUACAUGCAGCUGCUGCUGCUGGCCUGCGGAGGUGAGGGGGAGGGAUUGAAAGUGGGUCAUUGGCCUAACGGGGGUUCUUUUCCACUCGACUGACUCUCCUAUACACCUAUCCACUCGGCAAGAAAUGCACAAGUUGAGCUCCAACUCUCGUCCAGACUCCACGUGUUUUUCUUCUCUUAUUGUGAUCCUUUCCUACUUUCUUGUGUGCGCUUCCAUCCACCAGUUCAUCCGCAAAGUGACAUAUUCCGAGACACGACGUGUUCUAAAUUGGACUAAAUCCUGCAACUGUGAUCAUAACUAGAGCCCUGGUUUAUUUCUUUUCUUCGCUUAACCGUUUGGCCUCAUUCUAUUCACGCGUGCCGUUUGUUUUCUUGGGCUUGUUUGGUCAAGAAAAUCUCACGUUACGUUUAAACGCUCUAUUGCAGGUGAUCUUCUAAAUUUUUUAGCGUGAGUCACUAUUUGCAUUGCGUGCCAUUAUUCACGUGGGAUAAUUGCAGUCAGUUUGGCUGAUCGAGAGAAAUCGGCCAGUGACACAGUCGAGUGAAAGUCAUGCGAAUGCAAAGGGAACGGCCAAUGGAAAGUGAAAGAGUCAAAUUUUUCUUUUUAAUUUAAUUCUUGCACAUAGACACGUACACGUCGGGCGUAUUCCGAAUAAGGUGGCGAGAGAAUUUUUCUUAAUAUACUGUGUAGUAAAGAAGCGAACUUUGUUGGCUGGCCUUGACUCUGCCCAGCCCACCUUUCUUUUCUAUUGAACCAACUCUCGUGGCUCUCACACAAUCAACAAGUGACAAGACUCUGUUCAUCCCCCGCCAAUUGCAAGAAUGUCUGGUGGUCGGGUCUUGUUCUUCUUAUCUUCCCUUGUCUUACUACUUCAACUGCAAGUUUCCGUUUCCAUCUACAUUCCACCCGGACCCAAAUAUCCGUGUCCGGAAGAACCCAGGCUCAUCUAUCCCUGCGUCUGUAUUCGUGGUGCAGAUACUGGAUUGGUGAUACAUUGUAAUAAAACGAAUUUGGCCACGUUGUCUGUUGGACUGAACAAUGCUCGGGCGCCUAUUGACGAGCUGCUCAUAUCCAACUCUCGCAUUUCUCGGUUGUACGGUCCAUUGUUCCACAACAUCGAGAUCCGCCGGCUCGUCAUCAUCGACACUCCCCUGCAGUACAUUGAAGAUGACGCCUUCCUCGGCGCAUCCAACAAUACGCUCAUGAUGAUCAACCUGACCCGGACGGAACUUGUGGAAAUACCGGAAGGUCUCAAGAAAUUAUCGUCUUUGACCGUUUUGCGAGUGGAUCAAAGUAGAUUGAGCAACGUUUCCAGUCGAGCUUUUGCUGGCCUUCACUUGGAGGAAUUGCGAUUAGUGAAUGCCAACAUAUCGCAGCUGAUGCCCGAGGCUUUCGCCGGCCUCGACAAGUUGAAAACGCUCGAUUUGCACGGCAAUCAGUUGAAAGAAAUUCCAAAGGGCAUCUUUCAACCGCUGCGUAAUUUGGAAGUACUUGACAUCGGUCACAACAUCCUCUCGAAAUUGCUGCCGACCUACUUCUCCGAUCUGGCCAAACUGAUUAAUGUCAACGUGUCCCACAACGGAUUGACGGAAUAUCCUCGCGGAGUCUUUGCACGCAACACGGUGUUGCGAGUGGUGAAUUUGAGUGGCAACAAAAUUCAAAAAUUGGAUUCCAAUUCCUUCCGCGGAAUGCGCUUCCUUCGUCGGCUGUACCUCAGCGACAACAACAUUAGCGAUAUCGGAAGAGGGACAUUUGGCGCCGUGUCACGUAUCGGCACCAUCGACCUGGCCCGCAAUAUCUUAACGAAAAUCGACUUUCAAAUGUUUCACGAAUUGAAUCUUUGCGAAAACAUUGACGUGUCGGACAACCAAAUCACCAAGAUCGAGAAAGCCGCUUUCAAAGACAUUUAUCUGGCCAAAGUCAACAUUAGUUACAACCAACUGGACGUGGUGGAGGCUGGAGCUUUCGUCAACUGCGCCAAUAUGACGCUGCUGGAUUUCUCGCACAACAAAUUGACGGGAUUCUCCCGCACUGCGUUUGAUGCGACCACUUACCCUUUCGAACUGCGACUCGAGUUCAAUCAAAUCACCAAUUUGUCGCACGUCCCGUUCGAGCACAUGACGGGCAUCGCCAUCUUGAACGUUAGCUACAAUCAGUUGCAGGUGGUGCCGAAGAAGACCUUCCCCAAGUUGUACGAGCUCCACACUGUCGACAUGUCGCACAACGAGCUGUCGGAAAUCGAUGGGGCGUCCAUGUCCAAUUUGUUUACUCUGCGCCAUCUGAAUCUCAGUUACAACAACAUGACGACCCUGAGCGGCUCUGCCGUCGGCAAUAUGGUGACGUUAAUUGAACUCGAUUUCAGUCACAACCAACUGAAAGAAGUGGCCAGGAGCGCCUUUACUCGCCUCUCUUCCAUCCGCUGGCUUUCACUGGAACACAAUUUCAUUUCCAACAUUUUCACGCUGCCCAUUUCCCUAUUGGAACUCAACCUGGCCAGUAACCGCGUGUCCAAAAUCCCGGCUAACCGCAUCUGGCCCGUCAUGAACUCUCUUCUCGGACUGGAUCUGAGCAACAACGAAAUCGGCGACAACUUGGAGGCGGGCAGUUUCGCCAAUCUCAUCAGCUUGCAGCGACUGGAUUUGAGAAACAAUUCCGUCUCUGUCGUGCCGUACCAGUCGUUGUCCGAUUUGAACACGAUUCAGUACAUUUUCCUGGACUUUAACAACAUCACCUCGUUGAAUCGCGGUGCGUUUGGCCGUCUGCCCAUCGUCUUCCAAUUGGGACUGAGUCACAACAACAUUAGUCGAGUCAGUGAGAAAGCAUUCGAAGGACUGCUCCAACUACUUCACCUCAACAUGAGCUUCAACGCCAUCUCUUCCAUCCCGACCGGAGCUUUUCACGGACUGGUGUCGAUGAGGACGCUAGAUCUCUCCCACAACAAUCUAGAACGACUUGACAAUAAAACCCACUCGAUCCUGGAAGAUUGCCUAUCUCUGGAAAGGAUAAAUCUGACUCACAACCAGAUAUCGUUCAUUUCGCCCAAAACUUUCCCGGAGAGCCCUUGGAUUCCUUACAGAUUGUCCGAGAUUGAUUUAUCCUACAAUCGGAUGCCCGUUUUGUCCAAGGAGAUUCUCAUCGGCACGAAAAAAGUCCGCACGCUCAACCUGAGGGGAAAUUCCCUCAACGAAAUCCGGAAAGGCGUGCUUACCAACAUGACCAGUUUGCAGUCGCUGGAUUUGGCUCACAACGGUCUGACGCAUCUAGCCAAAGGGUUGUUGGGUCCUUUGCCUAAUCUGACUCGAUUGGAUUUGAGUCACAACUUGAUGAUGGAAAUCCCCGUCGACGAAAUUGUGGCCUCUCCUCGGCUCAAGGCGGUCGACUUGCGCUUCAAUCGGCUGACGCGCUUUUACGACGAGUUCAUGUUUUUGAUGGAGAACAAUUCGACGGAGCUCUUGAUGGAAGGCAACCCCAUCGCCUGCGACUGCCGACUGAGGCCACUGCAGUUUUGGCUGAGUGGUAUCGAUCAGCAACGGGCAGGAGACGAUCAUAAUCCGUGGAGUCAAACUCUAUGCCAAGAACCGCAUUUGCUGGCCGGAAAAACUUUGGCGUCCGUCGACGACGAAUCGCUGACGUGCGGACGCAGCGUGAACGACAAGGCCAAGUACGCCAUCGUCAAAGACGUCGUUUUUCGUGAGGUGACGAGUUUGGGCUCGUCCAUCACGUACAGUUGGUACGUGCAAACGCGGCAGGACGUGGGCGAUUUUUCUGUCGAGGUCCGCCCUAUGCUGAAAGAACAACCGCAACAACAACAACAGCAACAACUUCCUGGACAACCCGAUCUUGUCAGCGCUCCAAUCAUCGCCAAAGAUGUUGGCUACGGUUUGCGUUCGGAUCAAAUUGACGGCCUUGAUCGACCGACCCAGUACGUGGUCUGCAUUCGAGCUCGGGAUAGUUUGGGCUAUUUACGACCUUGGAAACCUAAUCAGUGCCAACCAGUAAUUAGUAACCGCGCUGCUGCUAGUGCGACUACUACUACUACUAUGCGUCAAUUUCUAUCAUUCUUCUUGCUUCUUGCGAUCCCUAUUCACAUCCUCCUGGGCUUUUGACAUUUCCCAUCACCUUGAGAAUUGAAUCAAACUUCCAGGGGGGGAAUGAGGAGGAGGAGGAGCCUGGCUGGAUGAGACCAAGGUCUUGGUUUUGUGAUAAUUAUAUCCCUCCCAGUCUCGUGUUAUUGUUUCUCCUUAUGCUUUCGUUUUCACACACGAGAAACUAUAUCUUUCAUCAUAGCAUAUAGUGUGUAUACAGUAUAUAAAUAUGAAUUAUUUCCGUCGUCAUACGUCACGUUAUUAUACCCUAGACUAUUGUGGCAUUGUGACUGGAUGAAUUCCAUUUUUGAGAUAUUUCCCUGUUUUAUUGACGUCAUUCGCUGCAAAUAAUAAAAAAGAAAGUCAUUCCUCGAAA